AUGCAUAUACAGCUUCAGCAAACUCAGUCUAAGCUGGAAGUUACAUCAGAUCUUGAUGAACGGAGACUGAUCCGAAGUGCCAUACACGAACUCCGCAGGAAGGAGUUACAGGGCAUGGAGGAGAUACUUGCCACAAAACGCUUCCGCUCUGAGAACUCAAGGAAAUUAUUAGAAAACAAAGAAAAUUGCCUGAGCUUCAUGGAACCACUGAGUAUGAAGAGCGGAAGUUAAUAAGAGUUGCCAUUCGUAACUUGAGAGAUCAGGAAAUCCAGGCUGUUCUGGGAAAAUGUGGUAGUUCUUCUAGAAAAACUGAGAAUGAAAAAGUAACUCCUAUCCGGAUAUACAAGCCUGCAGAAUUGACUGACUCCAGCCACAUAAAGCAGCCUCAAAAAUCUAUUACUGAAGAUCUCCAAGGGAUCAAAAAAACAAGGACAUCGAUUCAGGAGCUAAAGAGUCAGAGGGACAGUCAGGACAGCAAGGGUGCUUCUAAAGACAUGGCGUCUGAUAUGAUGUUUGCCUUGGAUGGAAUCCAAGUGUUGCCCCCUAUCGACUGUAAUCAAUCUGGAGGGACAGAUCAUGGAUCCACUGACUCUGACCUCGAAUCAGAAAGUGGAAAGGAGUCUAGCACAGAGAGUCAGAGAGAUGCAGAGUGCAAUGAGUGGAGAUCUCUUUCAGAGGAAGGAAUUAAUGAGAGUUCCUCUGGAGUCGAAGAUGAGGAUGAAGAAAAUGAACAAGAAAAUGAUUCUAAACAGGCUGAUGAAGAAGGUGAUGAAAAUGGAACUGACAACGAACAUCACCAUUUACACCAAAAAACCCUCGUAUCAAAUGAUAAGCAGUCUAGCAUAACUGAAGAUCAUACUCAACAAAGUAGAACUCCUGGGUCGAGGGAUACAUCCUACAAAUCUUAUUUGGGUUUGUCUGGUAGAUCGACACAGGAACUUCCACAUUUGCGCUUUGGUGGCUGUGAGCACAGUCUUGCCUCCCUGCUGUCUCCACUCCCAUCCAUGCCAAGAUACUUCGACAGAAAAGGGAGAACAGCUGAAUCCAAAGUUGAUGGGUUGUGCCUUAGCAGAAUUAAUACAGUGAAAGAUCGAAUGAAGAAGUUUACAGAAGAUUCUACCAACCUGUCAGCUGAAGUUGGGGCAGAUUUCUCCCCCCUUAAAAGAACAGGUGCCCUGAGGACAUCCCGUGCCCCUCAGUUCCACCACCUUCCUUCUGAGAAUUGUGUUUUUUCCUCUAAGCUGUCCAGUUCACCAAGGAAUAGAGACACACGAAGCAUCCCUCCUACACCUGAACACGUAUCACAGAGGGCAGCUGAGAACAAAAAUGACAGACUGACUGAGUCCAUACAGAAAAAGGGAAAUUACACCAGUUUUGGACUUGGCGAAGUAUUACCAACUGGUCAUCCUGGAUGUAAAGAGCAGACGCCUUCCUCCUUAAUUCAGCCUGAUGUGUCAUCAGCAGCAGCAGACAGGCAGUCAGCCCCAGGGAACUGCACUUCUGAAGAGAGUUCUGGUCGACAGAAAAAGUCUGCAGCUGAAGCCUACAAAGACACUUUGAUUUCGUCUAAUGCAGAGAACUUAGAGACCGACAGUGAUGCUUUACUGAGGAAGAGGGUGAACUGUGAGGAAAUCAGUGACAGCAUGUCUGGUCAUAGUAAUAGGGCAGUAACUAAUAAACAAAAACGUACUCCCUGUGGGCGGGAUAAAAUCAACCAAUCAGAGCAGAAUGGGCUGGUGGUAGUAAAAGAGCAAAACUCAAAUGGGGCAAAGACAUUGAACCACUCAGAGCAACCUAGUUUAGACUUCUCCACUCCAGUUGGUCAGCAAAGACUUCUAGACUGCAAGUACACAAGAGACGGCAAAGAUCCAAAACACUGCAGCUCUGAGUUAAAAUCCAUAGACGCAGACAUGAAGACCUUACUGACCAUCGAGAUAAAAGAAGGACAGAGCUCAAACAUGAAUUCCCGAAUUACUGGAACACCAUCCAGUAAGAGGGCAGAAUUGAGUCUCGGCUUAAAACCCUCACCUUUCAAAAUAACCAGCACGCCUGGCAGUGGAUUAAAGAUGGAGUCUGACCUUGUAGUUCCACCAGAGCAGCCUGUAAAGCAAGAAGAGCAGGUAAAUGGACUGAAGGAAGCACAGAGCCGAACCACGGAGAAGAGCAGCAAGCUGACCCAGGAAGAGCUGAGUGCCAUUGAUGAUUUGGAAGUCCUUGAUAAGAUGCUGGAUCAAGCUAAAGAGUUUGAAGAAAGAAAGAUGAUCCGGGCUGCAAUGAGAGAGCUUCGAACGAGAAAGAGGGAUCAGAGAGAGAAGGAGAGAGAAAUGAGGCUGCAGGAAAUGAAGCAGAAAGCACAAGAGGAGAAAGCAACAAAAGCAGGCUGUGCCGUAAUGACUGUCACAACUAAAACAGAAAAAUCAGCUGAUGGCUCAUCUUUAAGCUCUUUAACAAAAACACAAAAACUCACAGAGUCUGAAGACAGAAGCAAAACUUCCCGGAUGAUGACCAUGGCGUCAAGUUACGUGAAGAGGUCUGAAACCAGUGCAACCUACAUCCAGACCAAGUCGUCAUACAGCUCUUCCACCAGUGUUAACAGUAGCAGCAGCACUCCUAAAAAAGUCGGCAGUGUGUUUGACCGAGAGGACGACACCACAUCACGUUCCAGUAGCCUAGCUGCCCUGGAGCGCAGACAAGCAGAGAAAAAGAAAGAAAUGAUGCGAUCUCAGAGUCUGCCUAAAACCUCUGCAGCACAGGCCAGGAAAGCAAUGAUCGAAAAACUAGAAAAGGAUGGAGGUUCCCCUAAUCCAGCUGUUGCCAUUGUGAAGGUCCAGCGUGCAUCAAGUUUUGGGGUCCCUAAUGCCAACAGUAUUAAGCAGAUGCUGUUAGACUGGUGCAGAGCCAAAACACGAGGCUACGAGAAUGUGGAAAUACAGAACUUCUCUUCCAGCUGGAGUGAUGGUAUGGCUUUUUGUGCCUUGGUGCAUAGUUUCUUCCCUGAUGCUUUUGACUUCAGUCAGCUAGCACCACAGAACCGUCGUCAGAACUUUGAACUUGCCUUUGCAGCAGCAGAGUGUCUAGCUUAUUGCGUUCCUUUACUGGAGGUAGAGGAUAUGAUGAUCAUGGGGAAAAGGCCUGACUCAAAAUGCGUGUUCACUUAUGUCCAGUCCCUUUACAAUCAUCUGCGGAGAAUCGAGAUGAACAGAAAUAAAAACUGAAGAACAUCAUGACGUAUAUGGAUUCUUGAAACCCUCUUUUAAGCUUCUUUACAACACUAUGAUGUCCUGCUGAGAUGAUUUUACCCAAGAAGGAACUUCUUAUUGGGAAGAAAUGUGUUGCAACUUUUGACCCUGUUUUUUUCUUGCAUGAGUUAAACCUUGCUUAAGGUUUAGAUUGCAACUUGAAAUGUACUGCAUAUGUAAUAAAUGUAUUAUUUUUAAUAAGGUUCAGCAAUCAGCAAUAAUAUCCACGCUGACCCUAAAGUCACAGACAUGAAAACCUGUCACAUAUUUGAUGAGGGACAACUUUUGAAGUUUGGUUUGGUACUCUGAUCCAAGAACAGCACUGUGCUUAAGAAAAAAAAAAAAGAAAAGAAAGACUUAAAGUCCUCUGUUGUACCAACAGUAUUUUAUGAAGUAAAUUAAGGGUGGGGGAGGAAACUACAGCACUUCAGAUUUAUUCUGCACACUCCAAAAUGAGGGUCAGUUCUGCUGCAUUUCCUAACAGAAGAUUAAAUAAGAUCACCAAAAAUUAAGCUGCUGUUCAAGCUAUUUCUGCUUUUUGUAGGUGACUCGUGUUGAAAUUAGUACAAAUGCUAUGUUAAAAAAAUUAUUGUAGAGGUAUGUUGACAGUGACCAUAUAACCUGUUCUUGCCUCAUCACUGAUGGCUCAUCAGUUACCUAGCAGCUGUGCUGUCAUGCACUGUGCAUGUUAUUUUAACAUGUUGACAUAGUAACAAAUAUCAAUAGAUAAUUAAGUGGUGGGGAGAGAUUGGGAUUUAUGUACUCCAAGCACUGAUGUGAUAGAAGAGCUGUCAUUAUAUAUUUUUUAAAAUUGCUAUGUCGCACAACAGCAGAUAGAAGUUGCACACCUUUACGUGAAUAGUUUGAGUUGUUUUAUUAUCGUGUCUACAGCUUGUAGUGCAAGCUUGUCUGCUGUUCAAAUAGUCAAGUAUGUGUAAAUAUAGAACAGUGUGUUUAUACUUAUAUGGUUGUGCUUUGCAGCUGUGAAACUUGACAAGCAUGUUAUUUGCUUUGUUUUUAUUUGACUUUUUUUUCAGAUUCCGUUUCAAUGUAUUUGCAUGUAGAUUUUGCUAAGAAAGGCUAAUACACAGUGUAUCCUAACAGCAAAGUCUGCCGCCAUGCAGAACUAGCUGCUUCAGCUUGGUUAUCCUGAGGUGUUGCUGGAGGUUACAGUACUCACUGAUUGCAUUGUGACACUGCCAUAAUGAACAGCAGUCCAUCUGCUCACCUUUUGUGUAAUGCCAUCACGUUUAGCACUACACUUGGAGCUUUUAUGUAUGCUGUUGUAUAGCUACUUGUUGUUUCAAAUUUUAAUUAUUUUCCACUUAGUACAGAUGUAUGAAGGGCAUCACAUAACUGUCCACAUAAACAUGCGUGUUAAACUUGACAUAUGAAAUAUUUCUGCAAACUCAGUCGAAGUUCCUUUAAAAGUCACAGUUUUUUAAUUGAAAUAUUUAUUUUAUUGUUUUUUUCUAUGUAAGUAGAAAUACGGCCUGUACCUUGUUUUUUAAUGAAGGCAAAGCCAAGAAGGUAGUGAUUGAGAUGUUUAAUGCCUGUUGACCCCACCAGACUGGCAUCCAGUAAGGUGCCAAGUGUGUAGACUGUUAUCUUUAAGUAGCUUGGCUUUGGCAAAAAGACUGACUGAGUUGUUCACAGAACAUGGUAUUAUGUAAAGCAGUAUGUUUUUAUCCAUUGUUGCUGUUCUUUUGGAGGAUGUGAAAUUUAGAAGAUCUUUCCCCCAUGUACAAGAUGCAGGCUAUGUUAGUAAUGACCUGUGCUUCAAUUUUGGAGGAUGUGGAAUUUAGAAGAUAAUUCCCCCAUGUACAAGAUGCAGGCUUUGUUAGUAAUGACCUGUGCUUCAAUUUUGGAGGAUAUGGAAUUUAGAAGAUCAUUCCCCCAUGUACAAGAUGCAGGCUAUGUUAGUAAAGACCUGUGUCUGGAUUCACUUUAGCAGAUGGAGCACUUUCAUUUCUACUACUGUUAAGCUACAAGUCUGCCAAGCACAGCUGGCAUCUCCUAUGCCACUUACUGCCAGGACUGUAGAUAAAGUAUUUGUACACCUUUUUGCAGUGUUUUUAUACACCAUAUUUAUGUAGAUGUUUAAUAAUAAUAAAAGUUUAAUUAAAAUGUA